GCGCCACCAAUCGCCAGCAACACUAAUGGAUGGCAGAGAUGGCGGAGGCUGAGCGCAGACCGAAAAUCAAGGUAAAGAAAAAGAAUACCCGACGCAACGUAUCACCUCUGAACGAACAGGACAUUCCAUCCCCGCCGACUCUAGACGAACUGGGUGUCUCGGACGUAGCAUCUGGUGUCAAAGGACAAGCUGCCGAGGACAGUUCGACCACCGAGAGCAACCCACCUGCUCACUCAGCUGACCUGUCACGAGAGGCGGGUGGCGAUAACAUCGGCAACGCCGACGACAACAAUGACUCAGAGACGGUUACGACCGCGGUCGAUGACGAUGAACAGCCAGAUUCUGCCGAAAUCGGUGCAAAAUCGGAGGCUGGAGUGGACCGAAAUGAAACUUCGGCGGAUUGUGCUGGUGGAAACGCGGAUCCGGGGUGCGUCCGACCAGAUACGGACUCGCGACGUAGUGCCGACGCGGCCGCUGUGGAAGGAUCAGAUGGAACGCGCGAUGUUUUGGCGACCGAAGCAAAAACGGACGCCGCCGUUGUGAGCGAGAUCGCGUUGGAGUUGCCCCCUACAGCUCCUACGGAAACGCAGGCAAUUGUUUAUUCUUUUCCCUUGUCCCCUACCGAAGAAGCCAACGCUCCUGCGCUCGAGAAUGAAAGGUACGAGCUUGCCCAAGCAGCUGCUCGUCUAGAAACUGAAGCCGCUUCGUCACGAGAGGAGAAAAUCCUCAUCCAUCGAAAAAAGAUCAAAAGGCUGUACCCCGAUCUCAACCGGCUCGUAGACGACCAGCCAGCCAUGCGACCCUUCGCCGAGGAUCAGAUAUUGACCCUCUACGAAAACCCUUUCCUGCGCCAGAAAGACGCCAUUGUCGCCGACUUUGUAGACAGCAACACGGAGAAGCAGCUCGAGUACCACGAGUUGUACAAGCUGCUCAGCGAGUACAUGAGAUCAAGGCAAAAUCUGAUAUCCACGACGAGCACCAUCGCAACACUGCGGGAGGAUGUGGAGAGCCUGAGGUCUGGAAUCUGGGACAUUGUGCCCGACGUCGUGUCAGGAAGGGGAAGGUGCGCUGACAACCGGAAGGUGAAGGGCGAACACUACUUCAACUAUGGCCUCUACAACGAAGAGGUAGCAGACAAAAUGUCGCAGUGCCUCCAAGAUGUGCGCAAAAUCACCAAGGAGAAGUACGCCCUCCACGUCCACAAUGCAGAAGUGCUGCGACUUCAGAUCGACUACUACAUCCAUAUGGUGUUGGACGUUCCUCUCUUCGCAGACAUGCCAAAGAACACUCCCGUCAGCAACGGCAUGCGGGGUAGGCCCUCCCAAGAUGAUGCAGAUGCCGUGGUGGCCGUCCGGAGCUGCAUCAGUGUGCUCUUUCUGUUCCUGAGAAAGCCUCUCAAGGAUGAAAAAUUCCUGAAAGACGUCCAGUCAUGGCUGAAGACCAUGGCAGCAUUCUUGUUGCGUGUAGCUUUCCUGCAGGACCACCUGUUUCUGCUCAACCAUGUGCUGCGCUGUCCUCCAGGAAUCUACAAGUGGGCUACUAGCCUGGUGCAGAUCCCCCCUCCAUCACCAUGGUCACCGUACACAGACUGGCCUGUGGCAUUUGACUCUUUGCUUCUGGACUACGCCAUCGCUGCCCUUGCAACUAUGUUGCUUCCCGUGGAGGCAAGAAGCGAAUAUCUGGAGCAGGUCCGGUCAGCCUUGCUGGAGUCAUCGUUUCAAGAUCCCUGGGUUUUCCUGGACUCCGAAGGUGAAGAGGAUGAGGAGCCCGAGAAUUCCAUGCUCAACUGGCGUGAGAAUGAUGUUGUUGCCUUGCUGAAUCAAGUUCCGUUUGCUAGCAUCUUUCAGCACCUGCUCUUUGUUACACAGCAGAAUGACGAGUACAGCUAUGAAGUUGUGAGGACAACUGAGCAGGGGCUCUUGAAGCUCAUCUCCGUGGCAUCGCAUUUGGUCAAUAUCCUUCAUGCUGGCCUGAAGACAUACAACCAGUCAAGGUACAAGCAGCUAACUAAAAGGAUCUGCCGCCUGAUCCGCCACACGGUUCAGUAUGUAUCUGAUCAUUGGCUUAAUUUUCGAUCAGCAGAGAAUGUCAAAGACCAGGCCAUGCUUCUGCGCCUGCAGGUUGAGUACGACCAGUUCUUCCUUCGCGCCGUCAACUGCAUCUUCUACUCCCAGAGCUUAGGUGCCUGGCAGUUCAUGGCUAUUCUGCCCUACACUUGUGUGUCCACUGUCAUGAUGUGGCAGCUGCUUUGGCUACUCCACAAUAACUACCAGGAUAAGAUUGAGCUGGUAGACCUGUCACCAAGUGAGGUGUGCAACAAGUUGCAAGACAAGAGCAGAAAACUCUGCUUUGAAGAGAAGCUUAACGACAUGCCUCAGUCUGAAGUUUACUUUCUCAUGACCUCUUUCUCGAACAUGGCUGCUUCCAGAGGAGAAGACGGACGUGCUCUCACCCACGUCAUUGCUUCAGAGAUCUUUGAGAUCUCCUACGUCAACAGGAAUUUGAGGCAGCUUUUUGCAAAAGAAGGGAGGGACUUGCUUUGUUCCCUCGCACACAAGCACCCAUUCAUCAUCUCGGUUCUACUUGAUGAAAUUGAUGACCACAUGAUGGAGGUUGGCAACAUGGCUUGCUACCUGAUGCAGUCCAUGCCGCUCCAGCUCUGGGUGCCUGACAAGCAGGAUUUGGACAUCAUAUCACACUUCCUGCUUUACUACCCCCUGGACUCACCACAGAGCCAACUGGCGAGGCUGCUGAUCCAGAACCUGAACUAUGGAUUCAACAACAAGCAGGAGACAUUUCUUGACCAAAGCACACAUCGGCAGCUAGGACUUCUACUGCUCGAGGCCUACGAGAAGCUGUAUGUCCCAUUUGAAGCCUCUGGCUAUGUCUACAAGCAAGUGAAGUACUUUUCAUACAUAGCCACGGCUACCAAAGAGUCCUCGACACCUGCGGGGUUUGUGGCUUGGAUGUGGGAAAUGCUGUUACAGCUGAGGCUCCACAUCUUUGAUUGCCAGCAUCCCCUGCAGCUUGAAUUCAUCGUCAGUGACAAUCCCCCUGCUGAACUGAUUCCAGAUAUCCAGAAGUGUGAUUGGCUUCAUCCUGUGCUCCAGGCCAACAAGAACCUACGACCUCCUUCGCUGUUUCUCUCAGUGUCCAUCGGAACUGUUGGUCAUUACAGAGAGGAGGUACUUGACAGCGGCCUUAAACUCAUUUCGACUCUAGUCCUUAACGAGCAGUACAGUGCGGCGAUCCAUUGUGUGUCCCAUGUUCUGCCGCUCUUUUAUUUGAAGCCAGAAAUGUUGACAAGCAACAAGCGCUUCCUCACUGACUUGCAGUACCUACUGCUGGCAGACAACACCUACCUAGCAAUGGCCAAAAGCAUAGUCAUGUCAGAGUUCCCAGGCUGUAUCUUAAAGCAGUUGGCUGUUGUUAUUGUCGGCCACGUAGAGCAAGCAGCACAGUGGUCACCUGACUUUGUGUCACUGCCGAUCAAACUUUGGAUUGCCCUGCUCUUCAGACUUCCCGACAUCCCCAUUCACAAGGGCGCCUUGGCCAACAAGGCAAAGGGUAGAGAGAGCGUCAUGUACUUACUGGACGUCCUCGUGCAGUUAGCUUACCUCGAGGCAAAGUGCUUUGACAGCCUGCUGACAGCCUUUGCAGAGUCACUUACUCAGUUUGUUCCAAUGACCAAGUCAAACUCUGUUGUGAAGUCAGUCUUCUCUUAUGUCCUUGGAAACCAGACAUUGUCCUGGCCGGCCCUGGUGCCUCUUCAAGCUGCUCCUUCAUUCCCUUGGUUUGCUUGGGCCGGGAUGCUUGCAGAGGCUCAAAUCCCACAUGUUAGGGAGAUGUGGAUGGCACUGCUCAAGGAAAUGGCAGAAUAUCCAAAGCUGACUCCAGAUGCGGCCCUAAAGAAGGCAUCGGCAAACUUAAAGAUGUCCCCUCCUUCUGUCGAUGUUCUUUUACUGUACCGCUGGGCUCAGCAGGCAUUGCAGACAGACGUCGAGCAUCCAGCAUUGCCGCUUAUCUGGCAGCAGUUCUUUCUGCUCUAUCUGCAGAGGUUUCCCGUCCCAAACACAGGGAGUGCUGGGCAGCGUUUCUUUGAAAGUGCCACGCACUUCAGCCUCUUGAAAAAAUUGAAGCGGCGGCUGAACGAGCUGGCUGACCAUUUCUUCUUGAAGCAGUCCCGGCUUUCUCAGUCACUGCACGAACUACCUGACUUACAAGAUGCUAAGGGGAAAACUGCUGCAGUUGUGACCCAGUUGAAGGACAGUGCUGAACUCGUCCAGAAGCUACUGAAGAUGUAUCGCACCUUCUGUUUGUGGCUGGAAGAACCAAGACUGCACAAUGCGAACAUUGUCCUGACAGCACUACCACCUCAGUACUACCCUGAAGCCCUUGGUGUUCUUCUUCAGGGGAGUGGUGACCUGUGGCAUGACCUUGUGCAUGUAGAUGUGGCUAGAGAAUCCCUGAAAGCCCUGCUUCCCAAAUACCACGCUAAGAGCAGCACAUGUAAGAAUGCGGCACCAAGGACACUUGAAGCAAAUUCAAUGCCAGAAGAAUUGAUCUUGAAAAGGCUCAGGUCAUAUGAGGGACCUAUGCCAGCUCCAGCAAUCCCGUCGUUGCAAAGGGUCAUCCCUGCAGUGUCAACAGACAUGUUCAGGGUCCCAAACCAGAUGAUGACGUUGCUUUCCUCACAGCUAAAAGUUCUCACUGGACAAGCACGCAUGUUCAAUGCUCAAGCUGUGAAAUUGGCAAGUCUGGACUCUGCGUACAUGGAGUGGAUCCCCAACCUCUAUCAAAAUGUCCCCACAUACACUGUACUCACCAUUCCUUGCGACUACCAAGAGAACUGCAAGGGACGCCUGCACUUGAGACUGCAGUAUGCAGAAGCCCGUCUUGCCCAAGAUGUCGCAAAGGUGACGGAACAGAACAGAUCAGAAUGGAUGGGGCUACUGAUGGACUUGCAGCGUGCUCCCUCUCGCACUGCAUGCAGUGCUGUUGUCCAUCUGGAGGCUUGCAUUACCCAGCUGGUUCAGACUCAUCGCUGUGGUGCUACGGACGCAAAGAUGCUCCAGGCCCUCGGAAGCGAGAUCUUCUUCGAGUUAGUAAGGACGCUGAACAAGGAGACGACCGACUAUUUUCCAGCCCGUCAGUUCCUUACAUCCUGUCUUGACAUGCUCGGGCAAGAGUUCGUGUCUGGUCACGAAGACCAGUGCCUUCCUGUGCUGAAGGUCAUCCUCAAGGAUCCCAGCCUGGUUGGCCACGUGGCUCCGUUUUUUGCUCCUGCAGCAGUCAACAAUGAGCAGUUUGUCUUGAUGUAUCACACUGUGACGUCAUGUAUUGCGCCGGCAUUUUACAACGCCGUCUUCGUACUGCUCACAAAGUUUGACCUCCCGAGGUGGCUUCAUAGCCAGAAUGUUGCCUUUACGACACGUACAAAGCUUCUCGAGAGCAUUGAAAAGGCAUUUGCCAAGUUUGGCCUGAGUCCUGAACGAGAGGUACUGCCCUUGCUGGAGCUGUACCACACCCACCUUCACAGCCUGCUGUUGUUCCGCUUCCCAGAACAUUUCGGGAGCAUCCUUGCUAUGCUGCUGAAGGGAGUCGAUUUCUGUUCUGUUCCGGCAGCUACCUGGUUUGUCUUCCUGCAAGGGCUGGGCUUCAGCGCUCCACCAGAGAAAUUAGCACGUAUUGAGCAGCUUGGCUAUAUGGAGCAGUAUGCACGACAGCAGUGCCUCCUCAGUGCCUCCCAGAUUGCAGAGACCUUGGAGGUGCUUACAAAGCACUUCAGAAACCUGCGUAACUCGGACCAUGCCACUUCUAAGAAUGGGCUGUAUAGCAAGGUGCAGCCGUACCUGGUUCCCGUGUCCAUGUUUCUUGAAAUGAUGGCACACUGCUUCCUCUGGGAGAAGCUCAAAGGAGUUGACAACGAGCUUCCAGGUGCGAUGCAGCGUGUCCUGGAGUUGUACAGCCCCUGGCUUGAACUGACGGAUGGCAAGAAGAUUCUUGUUCCCUGGACCAUGACUUUGGACUCUAGAGAAGUUGCCUUCAUGUUGGAUGCCUUCACCAAUCUGCUUUCUUUCUUCCACAAAAACUGUCACGGAGUGCGUGUCUUCAGUGUUCUUUCCGAAGUCUGGAGGCGCUACUUCAUUAGCUAUGUCUGGACCAGUGCACCGGACUACAUCACAUCUGUUUUGCAGACGGCACUAGGCAAACUACCUUGGAGUCAGUUCAUGCCUUCCCUCGAAGACUUGAAACUUGCCCACAAGCUGCUGGAAGCAAAGUAUGCCGGCCACCUCACAUUUCUCUUGAUGGUGUUCAAGCAAGUGCCGUGGCAGAGGACCCUGAACUGCAUCUGCGAAAGGGAACCAGAGAAUGUGCAAGAGUUCUACUCCCUUUUUGCUGAGCUUUUUGUAAACCUCGCUUGGCAUCCCGACAUGGUGCAAGACAAUUUUGUGCCGUCGCUAAUCCCCAUUUUGAUUGCACUCGACUGGAGUUUUCUCCAGCCAGAAUUGGUGAGCAAGCUACAAGACGUAUUUGCAAGUGGUUGCAGUCCAACUCGAGUUCUAAAGCAGAGCCCAGGUAGGGAAACGGAUCAUGUCAUGCUUGAGUUCAUCAGCUGCCUAUCCUGCAUGACGUCUACGGAGAGCAGAAUCAAACAGGAUCUGACCACCACGCUUCGGAAACAGCAAGCCUUCAUCGGCAUGCUGGUCAAACUCUGCAAUCAGGCAAUGGAGACCACACCCUCUCUCCUCCGCCAUUACUCAAAGGAAGUCCAGCAGGCUUUGCCCAAACUCAUGGAUCAGUGCCGCAUCAUCAUCGACGUCCAGUCGGAGCUCCGCUACGUCCAGUCCGAGGCCCUCGUCAGCAAGGCUCUGUCUCUGAUCAGCAUCACAACCGACCCAACUGUUCAGGAUGCUCUCUUGGAAGGCCUCCUCCUGUGGGUGCAAGAGUGCUCUGGUGACCUUUUCCUCCUCCCACUCCUCCACUGUGCCUGCGGGAACCUCGCUUCGGUGUCCCAUAUGGUCAAGGUCACAGAGGCUUGCAUUGCAUCAUACUGUUCCCCAGUGUGUGGCACGUUGCCAGCAGACGGUGGUUGGGCGCACGUCUUGUCCUCCUUCCGUGUCCCCGAACUGACGCUCUCCGACUUCUUCCUGUCCUGUUCCCAGCAUUCCGCGUACCUAACCCAGUUCUGCUAUCUCUUGUACUGCCUUCCACGCUGUCGCUGCCUCGCUGACGAACGGGUCUUGCUCGGCCGGCUGGCCGAGUGGAUCUCGCAGAGCUGUCCCAGCGGAGAAGAUGCCGAACCGAAGCUGCUGCUUCUCUGGGAGAAGGUCAUCAGCCUCUCGAUCCGCCAGCUGGACUUCGACGAUGACAACAGCUCCCGUUCCGUGUACAAAACGCUAGAAGACUUCUGCUCCACGCUAGCUGUCCUCGGCGAGGACAAGGUCACUGGUGGGCUUCUGGGAGCCUUUGGCCUUGGGAAGAAAUCUGCCGUGUCGGUUCGGUUCCGGUUCUGUUGCCGGGUCAUGGGUGCUUUUGUGGCGUCUCAGAUGACCGAGACUGGGACCGUGAGGCUAGCACCGAUCCAGUCCGACGAACGUCCGUCUGUUACAUCUGUGCAAGCGCUGGCGAAGCUGAAGGCCCUACAGGGAAACCGGAUGUAUGCCUCGCUGACUAGGGAGGUAGAGCAAGCGCUGCAGAUGGUGCAGGACCCAAACCGCACGAUCAGAGAUAGUAUCUCUGUGAUUCAGAUGCUCGUGAACCUUUUUUACUCGGACAAGGUCUAUCUGCGGAUCCUGUUCUUUGGUGUCAUGUGAUAUCCCCUUCAUUCUGAAAAGUUCUUUCUAGAGGGAAGCUCUUAGGGAGAAGGGGCGGAAGUUUUAAGUUUUUGAUAAAUGAGUGCGAGCUGAAUUUAUGCUUUUCCUGUAAGAAAACUGUAUAAGCCCGGUCUUUGUUAUAUAAUGGAGCAACAUACAAUGAGCAAGUUAUAAGGAGAAAAACAAGCAGCAGCAAGUUUUUUUUACAUUUUAUUUCUGUGCAUAUAUUGAAAUACUAGUGUCGUCUAUUGUUCCAGUGGAGGGAUUAUGCCUGCUCUAUUUGGGUCGCUCUAGUAUGUGUGCAAUAGCACACAGGUGUGCCUUUGGGGGUUAGGAUAUGUGCUUCCGUACACCACUGUACCAUAUUGUAAUCUGGUGCAAGCGGCCUUUCUUUGAACAAGGUACAUGGUUUUCCGGGAAAUGCACUGCCAGUGUUUUUGUAUGCCAAAGCAUCUAAAGUUUCCCCCAUGGUUUUUAUACAAGCUCUUUGCAUUGCUUAUGUACAGUGGGGCGUGCAAUCAAAAGCUAGGUGACGACAAGUCGGUUACUGGGAAAGGAAACCCAAUAAUAAUAUAAUUGAGCCCCUAUACAUUCGGUUCUUUCAUGACGAACGCAAGUCCUGUGGACCGCACCAUCGAUUAGGGAUUGUCCUACCCCCAAAGUGUGGGAGUCUGACUACUUUAUCAAACUGAACAAUAAAAGGAUCUCCAAAAA